AAAAAGGCAUAUAAAAUUGAGUGGUGCUCUGUAAUUGAUGUUGAAGAGCAAGAGCAGUUGCGGAAUUUUUUCCCUAUAAAACCCAGAGAGCAUGCACUAAUGAGGGAGAAGAGACCACACGAGGGUACGAGCUAGCAAACAGAAAGGAGUUCAGAGAGAUCUAGAGAGAGAGAGAGAGAGAGAGAGAGAGAGAGAGUGUUCCAUCCAUCACCAGCAACACAGAUCCCAUUAGGAAAAGGAAAUUUUGCUCCUUUGCUGUAAUGGAUUUCGGUACUGCCACACCUCAGUCGUCGUCCUCAUCAUCAUCCCACUCUUCUUCAUCUUCGUCUUCCACUCCUAAGGGUCGGCGAAGGCAGAACGAGCCCGGUCGGUUUCUAGGGGUGAGGAGGCGGCCGUGGGGGAGGUACGCUGCUGAGAUACGGGAUCCUGCGACGAAGGAACGGCACUGGCUUGGGACCUACGACACGGCAGAGGAGGCGGCCCUCGCCUACGACCGCGCCGCCCGGUCGAUGCGCGGCGCCCGCGCCAAGACCAACUUCAUGUACUCCGACAUGCCCCACGGUUCCUCCGUCACGACCAUCAUCUCCCCGGACGACCACCUCAUCACCCACCCCUUCACGCCGUCCAUGGCGUCCCUCGCCGCUGCUGGCUUCGAGUUCCCUUCCUCAUUCUCGCCGGACAGCCGCUUCACUUGCCCACUUCCGACCGUUCCGGGCAUCGAGGGGUGGGUUCCCGUCCCAAACCAGUUCUCCGUGGGGUCGCCUUUGCAGGGAUUUCUGCCGCAGGGAGUCGCCGGAGACCCGUCGCUGCAAAUGCCGGUGCAACCAGGGGCCGCCGUCUGCGAGGUGGCGCAGGGAACGUGGGGAGAUCAGAUGAUGGUGGGCCUCGACGGCCUCAAUGCCUGGGACUUGGGGCCCACUUGCGGGCCCAACUUCCCGGUCUUCGGUGCGGAGGGUUUUGACUUCGGUGGCUGCGGUGGGGCCCCGCCCCAUCUCCACUGACCGGUUAGGGUUGGCCGUGGGUCCACCGGAAAAUGGACGAACUCCCCGUUACACUCUUUGGUUCAUGUCGUCGUCUUUCUUUUCUUUCUCCCUUAAUUUCUUCUUCUUUGUUUUUCUCGUCUUCAUUUGUAGAAAAUAUUCUCUUCGGAUGGUUUACAAAGGCUUUC